AUGACGCUUCGUGCUCUGCCUCCUCCAAUGCCCUUGAUCCCAGUGGCACAAAGACCCCUUUCCCAGCAGGACUGGUUCCAUGGUUCCCUCACCAGGCAAGAAACGCAGGCCCUGCUGUCCAGAGAAGGAGACUUCUUGGUGAGGGGGAGCCAAGGCCAGCCUGGAGGAUACGUCCUGUCAGUGAUGAGUGGAGGACAAUGCAAGCAUUUUAUCAUCCAGUGUUUGAAGGGCAGAUACCACUUUGAGCCAACUGGCCCCAGUUUCUCCAGCAUCUCUCAGCUGAUUCACCACCACUUAAAAUCACACCAGGGGCUCACAGCAAGAUCCCCUGUACUCUUGGGCAAUCCUGUUGUACGGGCAAAGUGGGACCUUAGCCACGAUGAUGUGAUUUUGGGUGAAUUACUGGGCAGUGGAAAUUUCGGGGAAGUAUACAGUGGCCGCCUGUCCUAUGAUAACACCCCAGUGGCUGUGAAGACCUGCAGGGAACACCUUGCUCCAGAGACAAAGGAGAAGUUUCUCAUGGAAGCCAGGAUUCUGAGGCAAUACCACCACCCAAAUAUUGUCCGCAUCAUUGGCAUCUGUGCACGGAAACAGCCCAUCCUCAUAAUCAUGGAGCUGGUGUCUGGUGGGGAUUUCUUGUCCUUCCUGCAUCAGGAGGGGAGCCGGCUCUGGGUGCAAGAUCUCAUCCGCUUUGCAAUUCAAGCUGCAGCAGGCAUGGCCUAUCUGGAAAGCCAUUACUGCAUCCACAGAGAUCUGGCUGCUCGGAACUGCCUUGUGGGGGAAGGCAGCAUCCUCAAGAUCAGUGACUUUGGUAUGUCCCGGCAGGAGGAGAAUGGCGUCUACUCAUCCAAGGAAGGCCUCAAGCACAUCCCGAUCAAAUGGACAGCACCAGAGGCUUUGAAAUACGGCCGGUAUUCCACAGAGAGUGAUGUCUGGAGUUAUGGCAUUCUCUUGUGGGAGAUCUUCAGUUUAGGAAGCACCCCUUAUCCCGGAAUGUCUAAUCAGCAAGUGAUCAGCCAGGUGGAAAGAGGCUUUCGGAUGCGAGCCCCAAAGCGUUGUCCUACAGAUGUCUAUGAUCUGAUGCAGCGGUGCUGGGAUCGUGACCCCCACGGGCGCCCUACAUUCUCUGCCAUCUACAAGGAGAUGUUGCAGCUUCACUGGGAUUCUGAAUGA